UUCCCCUCAGUCAUAUCGCCCUCAAGAGUGCGAAGGACGGCAGCGCUGUUCUGAGAGAAAUCUCAGUGCUCAACUGCAUACACGCUUCACACUCACUCUCACUGAACGAAAGCGGCAGCGACUCUGUAAAUAACCCACAGAUGUCCAGCGAUUAGACGCAAUGACUGGUGUGGAUCCGGAGAAGUUUAGAGCGGCACCGUGAAGCAUUAUCGAGAGCCUCUGGCACAAGGAGGACUUCGCAAUUCCCGUCUUACUGGAAAGGGCUUGGAUUGGCUUAUCCAGCGUGGGGAAAGUCUGAAGACAUUUUCCAUUGCCUUUUUCUUUAAAAGUGUUAAGGGGAAAUGGCACAAAACCAAAUCUGAUAAAAAACUGAAAGGCCUGUUUAGUUAAAAAAUGGUUCUGUUCUUUGAGUUAGACUGCUGAUCUAAUAUUUUUUUUCUCUGAUUUAAGGAUCUGGAUGAACUGCAAUCAGAUAUCUAGAACAUUAUUCCAGAAAGACUUACCCAAGUUUUGAAAAAAAAAUUGGCAUUUGUUCAGACUGCUGAAAACUGGAUAGCUGUGAAGGUGUUAAAUGUGACAGUUUUUAAGGGGUGUCGGCAGAGCAGAUGUUGACGGGACCUGGUCUGGGGCUGUCCAAGGCGUUUCUUUUUAAAGAGGUGAGACCCCGGCUCUCCGAGAUCUAUGAAGAGGGUUCCAAAACACUUGGCUGCAAGAUGUUACAUACAACUCGGGCCAGUGAUUCCGGGGCCCUCCAUCAGAUCUGUCUACAAGUUGUAGCAUUAUAGAUUCGACUUUUUUUUCGCUCGCAUCUGCAUCAAUAAGUAGUGCCUGUCUGUGCGGCCGAAGAUAUCCUGGAUUUGUUCCCUGCUAGUGUGCUCCCGACUUACUGCAGUAGUUGCUUUCAGGAGCCAUCACCCGCAGGUUACUAUGCAAUUUCAACUGAUUUCUGUGGUUCUAAUUUUAUUAAACUGCAUUGGCAGCCAAAACGCCUCCAGAGGAAGGCGCCACAGACGAAUGAAUGCAGGUAUGAACCAAAGUUGCCCAAAAGGGUGCGAGCAGUGUUCUGAUUCUAAUGGAUGUCUGUCAUGUAAACCCAGACUUUUCUUUUCUCUGGAGAGAAAUGGGAUGAAGCAGACUGGAGUUUGUCUCUCUUCUUGUCCAAGUGGAUAUUAUGGAGUCCGAACACCAGGAAUGAACACAUGUGCACAAUGUACAGCUGACCACUGUGAUACCUGCUUCAACAAAAAUUUCUGUACAAAAUGCAAACCAGCAUUCUACUUGCAUAAAGGAAAAUGUUUUGAUAUCUGCCCCGAAGGGUUUGCCCCAAAUAAUCAGACAAUGGAAUGCACCACCACUGUGCAUUGUGAAGUAAGUGAGUGGAACGCUUGGGGUCCCUGUACAAAGCGAGGGAAGACGUGUGGUUUCCGCAAAGGCACUGAGACAAGGAGUCGGGACAUCCUGCAGGAACCCUCAGCACACGGCAACCUUUGUCCAAAGACCACCGAGAGAAGGAAGUGUACGGUGCAGAAAAAGCGUUGUCCUCCAGGACAAAAAGGAAAUAAAGGUAAAGAGCUGAAGAAACCAGAGAAAGAAAUGACACAAGACAAACAAGGCAAAGGUAGCAGAAGAGGCAAAGAAAAUAAAAGAAAUAAAGAAGGACGAGUAAGGAAAGAAAGACCUGAAAACAAAAGGAGGAGGGGGCCAAAUAAGAAACAGGUCCACACAACCGUGAGCACUGUUCCAUAAACCUCACCUGGUUACUGAGAGAUUUCUGAUGCUGCUAUGUAUUAACAAGCUAACCUAUAGAGGUGCACUGUAUUAUGGAUCCAUCGCUGGACUCCUAUUUCUAAUCCAUAUUCCUGGUCUUUGUGGACAUUGCUAAUCAUUUCAAGGACUACAGUUGAAGCUGAAAGUGUAGAUAUACUUAAGUUUAUACAAUAUUAUCCAUAAUUAACCUCUGCCCUGCGAAAUAAAUUAGAACUCCGGAUGAUUAGCACAACAAAUAUCAUGACUAGCCCUUUAAGGGUUAAAAAAACAGCCAAUUAUGCUGAGAAAAACUAUUACAUUUAAAAGAGAUAAUCUUUAGCUUCUGCGCCGGAGGCUCCUCAUCAAAUGUGAUAUGCAGAUGUGCAUGUACUGGUUUCUGUAUAAAAUGACAACAGGAUACUGUUUUUUUUUCUUUUAAUUAUUAACAGAUUGCUGCCUUGUAAUAUAGAGGAAUGUAAUAAAUGUCAUUGGAAGCCCAGAAAACCAACUGUUACUUUUCUUUUAAAAUAUUGUUUUUAAGUUUCUGUUUAUGACCUCUGUAAGAAACA